AUGAAAUACUCCCAGCAAGAGGAAGGACGAAGAGGUCCUAAAACGAAUACCUGGACCUUCCUGCGGGCAGAUCCGCGAACAUACCCAGCCAUGCCUCAUCUUCACCCACAGUCUCCCGCUCCCCAAAAGCGCAGCGCCUCGGAGCCUGGCACGCUUUUCCCCUUCCCUCCCCCGGGGAGCGAUCCCAGCAGCUCCCCGCGUGAUGUCAGUGGGAUCCUGAGCCCCAUCCGCUCCACGGCUGGGGGGCGGGCAGACCGUGCUCCCGCACGCCGGGCAGAGCGCUCCAGGCCUCCCAUCCCCCGCCCCGGGGUCCCCGGCAGCCGCGCGCGCCGCCCCGCCGGCCCGCGCCACGCUCCGCCCUGGACGCCGCUGGUCCCGGCGCGGGGCAGCAGCACCGGCCGCGGCGGCAGCAGCAGCGGCUGCAGCUGCAGCAACAAGUCGGGUAAGUGGCCGCAGCUGGGCUUCUGCGCCUGCGGCCCGGCCCGCGGGGCGCGGCGGAGGGGGCCGGCGGAACCGUCCCGGGCUGGGGAGGGGGCCUGUCGCCUCCACGCUGCCGGGAGUUGGGCGCGCGGCCCCCACUUGCGGAAACUCGUGCGCGCACGUAUCCACUCUGGCGCCUGGGGCCGGCCCGCGGCGGAGCGGGGGCGGGGGGAGCCGGGACCCUCCGUGCAGCGCCUUUGCCAGCUGCCCGGCUCAGGCAGAGGAAAUUGGGGCUUUUCGGCCAACCCUGUGGACUGGGGUUCCCGCUGGGCCCCUGAAAGCAGGAGUACUCCCAGAGCGCGUGAUAACCCGGUUCCCCAUUCAGGGAUGCCACCCCUUUCCCAGGGGAAUCCAGACUUCCCUUUCCUGGGCCUUUUGGGCCAGGCUGUGUAUCCUGUGUCCACAAAACUGGUCGUUAAACAGCCAGGUGUAGCACAGAAAGAGGUUCCCCUCUCUAGGGGGCCAGAGGCUUAUUAA